UCUGAGGGGGGCGUCGCUGCAAAAUAACUGUCAAUCAUUCACACACACACAUACACACACACGCGCCGCUGGAGCUCGGCAAACCCUUCCCGCUAUUCACCAGAUGAAGUGAUGUGUGUGUGCAGGAGCUCGUGUUCGUGAUGAUGCAUCUCCAUUAAUGAUGGAUGACAUGAAUCGAAGAGAGCGGAUCAGACACGCACACAGACACCUGGAUGAAGACAGCUGUCCUGCUGAACGAGCCACUAAAAGUCACAUCAGCACAGCAGAUGUUGUGCAUGUUCCUCCUCCUCGACCUCUGCGUGUUCAGCCAGGAUGUAAAGGACCUGCCAUCAACAGAGCACUCAAACCCGGGAGACUGCCGAAAAGUGCAUCGGCUGGAAGACUGGAGUCCAUGGGAUCUGCUGACAGGGCCGUCACAGUCACACCGAGGCCGGUGAGAUCAUUACCCAGAGAUCACCUGAGUUUACCACCUCUGCCAAUACAGACCAUCACUGACUGUCCAAACCUGUUCGACUCGUCGCCUCCAUCCAGACCGGCUCCGGCGUCGCCACAAACCAGAACACAAAACAACAGACCCACAUGGAUGCAAUCAAGUUCGUGUGAAACAGAGAAUCCUCAGGUUAAAACAACACAAACAACACAAUCUUCUGCAAGUCACACGUCUCACAGAUUUUCUCUGGAUCUGGAAUCUCAGGAUUUUGACAGUGUGUGUGAGGGAGACAGCAGCUCGUCCGAUUCACACGCGAGGAAAGCGCAGCAUCACGAGUGGCCGCCAGUGAGAGGAGAAACCGGCGGCAGCUUCACCUGUCACAGUAAACCUGCGCAGGGAUUGGAGGAGCAGAACUGGUAUGUUGGAGCGGUUGGUCGCGUGGAGGCUGAACACGCUCUUCAUCUGGUCAACCGGGAAGGAGCUUUCCUAGUGCGCGACUGCUCAAAGAACACUACCUACGAGCCCUUGGUCCUCGCCGUGUUUUACGACAAAAGAGUUUUUAACAUUCAGAUCCGCUUCAGUGAGGAAAUCAGCAAAUACACUCUGGGAACGGGACUCAGAACCAACGACAGGUUCGAUUCGGUCACUGACAUCAUCAAGUUCCACUCCAUUUUUCCCAUCGUUCUCAUUGACGGACGCAAAACUUCUGGAGCGACCAAUCAGAAGAGACAGUGUGUCCUGAUGUACCCAAUCACAAAGCAGGACCUGACGGAGCUGCUGACUUGAGCAAAUACAUCAUACUGCAAUAUCUACAGGACUUUUAACUGACCUUUUAACUUUAUAAGAGUACAAAUCAAAAGUAAAGAGCAUGGAUGUGAAUUAAUGACAAAAGUCUCUAAAACAAAAAAGCAUGCUAAUUGACAAAAAAAAAAUGCAUUUUAAUGCACUGUACUGUCAGGGCUUCAACAUGGAUAAUGUAAACAUACAUCAGCCCUGAAAAUACAAUCACUGAAAUACAAGCACUGUUUAUGCAAUGCAUGUGAUUUCAAUUAGUACAAUUCAACAUGCUUUUUGUUUCAGACAUUUGUCAUUAAUUUACUUCCAUACAACAUAUAAAAAAUCAUUCAUUUAAUAACGUGACUCAGUGCGUUUACAUGUGCAGUUGUAGUCGAGCUCCAGUGGAAUAUCUGAAGGAUUAAAUACACGACUCAUGAUCUGUCAUUCAGAGCGUGUUUCUGAUUAACUUGUAUAUGUGCUCAAUCCCACUUAGGAAAAAAACAUAUUUAUAUGACAUUUUAAAGACAAAUUACUGCUUUAGUCCGACUGAACUCACUGUGAACACACUGAGUGUUUGGAUGAAUGCAGAUGCACACAACAACUGUUUUUGCAUAUGCUUUUAAUCCAUUUAAAUUUUCAUUUAAUCACACUUUACAUUGUUUGGCCUUUAUGAAUAAUUUAAAAAUAGAUAUUACGCUUCUGAAGCCUUGAAACAAUAUUCAGCACAUAAAACUCAUGACAUAUUUAGUUUCUUCUUGAACAGUUUGACUUUAAAAACAGACAGAUGCCCUAAAAUGCAACAGAUAAGCUGUAACUUUACACAACUUUAAUGGUAAUAAAAGGAAACGGAGCA